AUGACGUCAUUCGAAUAUCAUGCUGCUGGCUUGUCUAUUCCAAACUCCUCUCUUAUGCAUCGCAGUUUCAACAUGACAAUAACCCCACAGUCCAAUAUCCACGUAACCAUUCGCCAGAUUUCAGAAUGGCGCAACAUCCCGAAUACAUCGAUCCAAUCCAAACCACUCAUGGUAUACCACGGAGCCUUCAACGCUACAUCCGCGGAGCUUGAGGCACAUCUGGAAGAAGUGGCUGAAGUUAUACCGCAAUGGUACUCGGAGUCGUGUCGGGGAGCGCGUCUUUGCUUUGGUGGCGAGGAUAAUCCCGAGCGAUUCGAGCCGAGCGUUCAGCGCGGCGAUCUGAUUAUUGUUCCUGCGGGAGUUGGACAUCGGCUCUUGGAGGACCUGCAUGGGAACCAGGAGGAGUUUCAGAUGGUCGGCGCCUAUCCUCCCGGCAAGCAGUGGGAUAUGUGCUAUGGGCAACCAAACGAGAAAGCGAAAGUGCAGAGCAUAAAUAAUGUGGCCUGGUUCCAACGUGACCCGCUGUACGGUGUCGACGGGCCUGCUCUGCAUGUCUAG